ACCACACAAACAUUGCAGGCAAUUCUCACUGCAUGUCGGAGAUGGUAGACACGUAGCAAGAUCCGCUCGAGUACUUGAUUCACAAUUUUUUAUUUCUUUUUGUUUUUCCUCCACUCAAGUUUGCUCAAGAGUGUUCUUCUGAGGUAGCCGAGUCAGACAUGGAGAGCAGCAGUGAGGUCAGAAUUGUACUCAUUGGCGGGAGAUGGUCUGGGAAGAGCACGUCUGCCAAUACUAUUCUGGGAAGAGAAACAUUUGCAUCUGGCCGAACCAGAACAACUCAGUCGGAAGUGCGGCAUGAAGUGGUGGAGGGCAGAAAGCUGGUUGUGGUCGAUGCUCCUGGUUGGAGCAGCUCUUUCCCCAUCACUGAGAAGCCAGAAGGAGACAAGUUAAGGUUCAGGCUCAAUGCAUCCAAGUGCCCACCUGGACCAAAUGUUUUCCUGCUCGUCAUUCCAGUGGACGAAGCUUUCACCGCAGAGCAGAGGAGGGCCAUAGAGGAGCACAUGAAGCUCCUCUCUGACCGGGCAUGGAAAUACACCAUGGUGCUGUUCACCUAUGGGGACUUCCUUGGAGGGAAGACAGUAGAGGAAUAUAUUGAGAGUGAGGGGGAGGCCAUUCAGUGGUUGAUAGAAAAGUGCAAGAACAGGUACCAUGUGUUCAAUAACAAAGACAAAAGUAAUGCAACUCAGGUCCCAAUGCUGCUGGAUAAGAUAGAUGAGAUGGUGCAGGAAAACAAGGGUGGGCACUAUGAGGUGGAUGAACACACUCUGAAGAUCGCCGAAAAGAGGCAAGAAGAAGUUGCAAAAAGGGCAGAAGAAAGACAGAAAAUGGUCGAAGAAGACAAACAGCUCAUGAUGAAAGAAAUAUCAGAAAACACCCCCUUAGAAAGUCUCCAGAUGGUUCUCUUGGGAAGCCGAAGCGUUGGAAAAACUUCAGUUGUGAACACCAUCUUGGGAUUCAAAGAGGGAGAAGAAGGGAAAAGAACGGGGCACUCAAUGAAACACCAGGGAGUUGUGGGUACAACAAAAAUAAGUGUUGUUGACACGCCAGGUUGGUGGAAAGAAUUCUCUGCGUAUGACACCCCAGAAGCCAUCAAAGAUGAAGUGAAGCGCAGUGUGUUUCUGUGCCCCCCUGGGCCCCACGUCUUCCUGCUGGUGAUCGAUGCAGACACAGCCUUUAAUGGCAGGCACCUCAAAGCGGUGACAACACAUUUGGAGCUUCUUGGAGAUGCAGUAUGGAAGCACACGAUUGUUGUUUUCACCAGAGGAGACUGGCUGGAGAGCCACACCAUUGAGCAGCACAUUGAAGGCGAGGGGGAGGCCUUACAGUCGUUAGUGGAACGGUGUGGAAACAGAUAUCAUGUCCUCAAUAACAAAGAUCGAAGUGAUGCUGUACAAGUCAAAGAGCUGCUGGACAAAAUCACCGGGACUGCCAUCAGGAACAGCGGUCAGCAUUAUGAUUUGGAUGAGAAGAUAUUCGACUUCAUUGAAGACAGAAGAAGAAGAGUAGAAGAAGGUGCUUCACUCAGGCUGAGUAAAGUCAGGGCCAGGAAAGACUCCUUCAAAGAUCGCUGCAAGAAGCAGCGGGAGCUGAGGUUGGUGAUGCUUGGUCAGAAGACAUUUGGAAAGACGACCUCGGGGAACAACAUUCUGUGUAAAGACGUGUUUGCUGCCCGUCGUAAUGACCAAUGUCAGGUAGAGGUGGCAGAAGUUGCUGGCCGACUAGUCACAGUGAUUGACACCCCAGGCUGGCGGGAGGACUCGUUCCACAAUUCUGAAGAGACAGACAAAGAAAUUGUGAGGGGUCUGUCACUCAGUCCUUCAGGGGUUCAUGCUGUCCUGCUGGUCAUUCCCUUGGACCUGAAGUUCAGAAAAGCUCACAAAGUUGACCUUGAGGAGUACAUGGACCUCUUUGAGGCCAAUGUCUGGAAGCAUGCCAUGGUUCUGUUCACGCAUGGAGACAAACUGGUAGAUAAAUCAGUGGAGGAGUACAUUGAGAGUGAACAUCGGCCUCUGCUUGAGUUGGUGGAAAAGUGUAACAAUAGAUACCAUGUCAUCAACAACUUGAAGAAACACGACACUACCCAGGUCACAGAACUGUUGGAGAAGAUUGAGGAAAUGGUGGCAGAAAACAGAAAAGCGCUCCUCUGCCCUAACACAAGAGAUGUCCAGCUCAGGAUUGAAGACAAGUCCAGAAGGAGGCAGAUAAAAAAUCAGAUGAGGCAACAAAUGGAGCAGGAAAUCAGCAGAAGAAAGCAUGAGUGGUUGAUCCACUCCAGGGACGUUUUUCUUGAUCUGCAGGCUGAUCUCAGGGGAAGUGCACCAAGAGCCAAACCCAAGUUACAGAUUGGAGACAUUCCCAAAAUCAAAACUAAGGGAAUCGUUCAGAAGAAAAAGGAUGAAAAAGAGGAUAGAAUCCUCAUGAAAAUCAGCCAGGAAAUAGAGAAGCUGGAUCAAGAAAUCCUGGUGUGUUCCCACAGCCUCCGAAGCAGCAAAGAGUUCAAUCCUCCUGACAUGAGAGCAGACAGUCCCGCAUGGUCCCCGUUGGAGUAUAUGUUCGACAGGAGACAAUCCACUGACGACUCAUAUGGACCCUAUGACUGGUCUGGGAGCGAAACAACCCUCAACUUUUCCCAGUCCUCGGGAUACAGAUCUGAGAUGCUUGGCACGCAUAGCUAUGAGUGUUUUCCUGAUGAUUAGGUCUAAUAGGCCUGCAUUGAUAUGAUGUUGGACUAAAGGCUUUAGGGAUUUGUGAUUGUGAUUUGAAGAUGUUACAGAAAAAAAGCUUUAAAUACUACUGUGGAAUCAAAUUCAGUCCAACAACAUACUUUCAGGGUAAUGCUAAGUUGCUGAUGUUUUAAGCUGCUAUAAGCACAAAUUUAAAGUUGCAUCAAUAAAGUCUGCUAAGAUUAAACCUUAUUACAUGUUCCUGACUAGCCUGCCUUGUAUUAUGACAACCAGAGUGUAUAUGUGUGUGUUCUGGAACUGUACAGGAUUUCUGCUUUUGUUUGGUAAAACAUCUCUUAAUGAAAUGUAUUCUUAAAUUGAACUUUAAGAAAACAUAAUUAAUAUUGCGUGUUGGAAUAUGGCAAUUUUGUAAUUGAACAAAUAUUUUGAUGGAAUUGUGUAUUGCAAGGAAGUUUCCUGUAUUUUUAAUUGUGUCUAAUUUUGUUGGAGAACAUAAAGGUUUUACAUUUUUACAUUUGCAUUUCUACAUUAAGUACAUAUUCCAAGUGCUGUACUUAGCCUGUUCUAUUUUUGAUGAAACAAUCGAUAAGGAUAUUUUGUGCAAUGGGUUAAAAAGAAUGACUUCAAUGAAAACACAA